AACAACAGUAGAAGAAGAAGAAGGGCGUGACUCACACACACACAAUGGGCUCACAGUGACCAUGUUAGCAGCAGGUGCCUGUUUGUGCAGCUCACACACAGAAACAUUUAGUGUCACUCUGCUGUUGAGAUGCUGUUGUCUCCGGGCUGCUAGCAGCUAGCUAACCGUUACCACUGCGCUAACGAGUUAGCAUUGUGAGCUAACCAACAGCCUCGGUAGCUAGCGUUAGCUUAGCACCUGCCUGAGCUGCUGCCUGCGGAUGUGUCUCCUCCUCCUGCUACCAUCGUUACAGCCGAGCAGCUAAUCUGUCCUCACAGGCAACAUGGAGUUCCCCUUUGAUAUCAACCAGCUGUUCCCCGAGAGGGUCUCCAUCUUGGACCAUACCCUCGUUGCAGGUCGUAAAUCAGCAGGAAGGCCAGACCUCCAAGCCCACAUAGCCACAGUUAUAGAUGAACUUGGGAGAGCAUCAGCAAAGGCUCAGCAGCUCACAGCGUCUAUAACCAGUGCGUCCAAGCUGCAGUCCCAGAAGCACCAGCUCUACCUGCUGAAGGACGGAGAGAGCAACGGAGGACGCGGUGUGAUCGUGGGGUUUCUCAAGGUUGGAUACAAGAAGUUAUUUCUGCUCGACCAGCAGGGUGUGCACAUAGAGGCUGAGCCACUGUGUGUCCUGGAUUUCUACAUAGCAGAGAACCUGCAGCGACACGGCUACGGGCUGGAGCUGUUUGACUUCAUGCUGCAGCACAAGAAUCUGGAGCCGGUUCAGAUGGCGUACGACAGGCCCUCGCCCAAAUUCCUGUCCUUCCUGGCGAAGCAUUACUGCCUGACACCGAGUGUUCCUCAGGUCAAUAACUUUGUGGUGUUUGAGGGCUUCUUCGUCAACAGAUCAGGCUCGCCCUCCUCUCCUCUGACGGAUCAGGGGAUGUUCGGCUUUUUCGGCCCAGCUGAGAAAGGUUCCCCUCAAAAAGCCCGACGGAGAGAUCAAACCCUAUUCUUUAAUGGAGAGAGAAGUGGUGCGUCAGGAGCAGCGGGCUCGUCCCUGGCCCUUUGCUCCUCCUCACUCCCCCCAGCGGUCGGUAUCCUCCCAGUACUCCCACUCCCUCAGCGUGGGAUCCUCCCCCAGCAGAGCGCCCCCACGAGCCGCCCAGGCCUCUGCCCUCGGGGGCAGCAGGGACCAGAGUCCACAGUCCCCUCACAUCGAGCGCUGCAGGGCAAGACGCACCAGCCAGCAGGGUCUAGUUGCCAGAUGCAGCAUGUACAGUCGGCACAUGGACGGCAGAGCUGCUGGACUGCUGGACCGACCGCUGCCAGGUCUGAGACCAGUGGAGGACCAGUCAUGCGCACUGGGCACACAGACACACACAGGUUGGCCAGUAUUCACACACCACAAAGCAGGUCACAGCCGCUCUCACUUCCACCUCUGUUUGCAUCUAAGAAGAACAGCAUCCAGAGCCAGAGCUCCUUAGGCAGCAGAGAGACACAGCUGGAGUCAGACGCUGAAGCCUGUGGUGCUGUAGACGAGGUCAGAGUGUUGGACAGUCCACAGCGUCCAGCACGAGACGUGUCAGCCGACCACAGACAGGUGUUGGAGAAGCAGAGCGACAGAAGCAGAGGAGGCUGGUCGUGGACUGUCGGAGAGAACUGUUACACCGCCCAGUGGGUGAAGCACAAGCAGGAACACAGGAGCACCCGGCCGUGGUGAUGGUGACCGGGACCUUAUUAAACUUUAGACACUAAGUUUAUACACUAUAUACGUGUUGCUGCAGAGAAAGAAUUCUGUCUGUUUCAGGACACAAAUAUCUGCUGAAGCUUUCUGAACUUUCAGACUUCACUUCAGGGUCCAAACUGUGUUCUGGAAAAAGACACUCCCAGUCUCUGCUUUAAAGGGCUGCUGUGAUGUGAGCUGGUCCAGGAUGAGUCAUGUGGAGGCAGGAUUAGCAGGAUUUUCCUACAAACGAUGUAUAGACUCAAAAAUAAUCCCUCCCAGUCAUCACUACGACCAGUGCUGGGCAGUAACGUGUCACAGUUAUAAAAUCACAGUUACUCCGAAACCAAACAUGUUAUAACAUUACUGUUGUGAUCACGUCUCUACUGACUUUAAAGACAAACAAAGACGUAGCGACCAGGCGCCAGAUCAUAUGCAUGAGGAGGAGGGGCCAAAUCUAAAUGUUGUGUUUACAAACUGCAGCUGACACAUCCUGCUUAUUCUGCCUUUAACUGUCGAUGACAUCAUCUGAACGAGUCGACCAAACUGGUGCCAGAGGCCAAAUACAGACAUGUUUCACUGACGUGUUGUUUGUGACGUGUUUUCCACAUGAUUUUACCGACACACAGUCAUGAAGCUGCUUUCUACUUUACUCCCAAAAUCAGUAGUGCCAAUAAAAGCUGUUAAUUAC